CCAGUUUCUACUAAAUCUGGCCCUGUCUUUCACGCAUCAUAACUCAAAUUGAACUUAAGUACAUUCGUGGCAGGUGUGCUCCUUGCAAGAAUUGAUCCAAGACGUCUUGAAAUGUUUAAGCUAAGGUAAAGGAGACUUCCGGUGGAGCACAUCCGGUGUGAGGUCAUGACCUAGUGGGCGUGUUGUACCGUGCCGUGACAAGCCCGGGGUAAGAUCGGCAGAUUUCUCCGAAAUCGGCCCUGAAACUUUUGGCAGCUCUGACUACAAAAGUCAGACCGCAGCCGCAGUCUUGCCACAGUCUUCCCUAAUCACUUGGCCUCAACAGCGGGCACAGAGAGAAGUUAGGGGGAUUGGCUGUCAACGUAUACGGGCGAAGAAAACAUGGCGAAACAGUGGUUGAAUUGUGUUAUUGUUUGCGCAGUCUUCACGCUUGCACUGAGUGGCCUGGCGUCUUCCAAGUUUUCUUCGGACCGAUACUGCUCCAAGUAUCACGUACUAAACGAACCCUGGAGAAGUGCCCAAGCUAGAUCCCUUGAUCUGUACGGAAGACACCACUGUGACAACAAAGACGGGUUCCAGACCACCCGAUGGUACAGAUUCAUGGGGGAGGCAGGCACAACCAUGCCGACGAAACCACCACCUUCUUCCCACCGCUGCGGCUCGGACGCCCCCGUCUGGAUGAAUGGUAUCAACCCGACGUACGAAGACGGGGUGGUCGAGCGCCAGGUUUGCGCACGGUUUGAUAAGAAAAUAUGCAGAUGGAGGUGGAACAUACGCGUAAAGCGAUGUCCCGAGGGUUUUCUCAUCUACAAGUUGAAACCAGUGAAAGCCUGUAGUCUGACGUAUUGUGGUCUAGGCAUUCAAAAUAUGACGGUUGAUGACGUCACCAGGCCUGCAUCAAAUGAGGAUGAAGAUGGCUCUGGUGCGUUGGACAAUCGCAAAGAAGAUGUUCAUCCCGCCUGUCACCACUACAUUACUUUGGAUGAGCCACAGAGAAGCGUACACUAUCAAGUAGAUCCAAACACAGCUACAAACACUCUUCUAUGCGACAAAAGAAGCGGGUUGCAGCAUGGGUCUUGGUACCGCUUUGUGGGGGAGGGGGGUGUCAUCAUGGCGACGGAGCGCCCCCUAUCGACUCAUCGCUGCGGUACACACGCUCCUGUUUGGAUGAGAGGACCGCAUCCAACCAUAGAGGAAGGUGUCGUCACCCGGACAGUGUGUGCGUUUUGGGAUGGCAACGAUUGCAAGUGGUCUUGGGAAAUCAAAGUUUUGUCGUGUCCCGGAGAUUUCUUCGUCUACAAGCUGAGAAAAGCAACACAGUGUAUUCUGGCUUACUGUACAACAGAUGGAGCCCCACAGACGACAGUGCCUUCCCCUACACCUUCCAUGUCUGUUGAAUUAUUGAAUGAUGAGGAUGAUGAAACUGGGUCUGGGGAGCCGCACUUUGAAGACGUACCUGCAACUGAAAGCCCUGAUAACGCAAAAGAUGUGGGCGCUGGAUCACCUCACACCCCAGAGCGCAGGACGUCAUACCUAACUCAUCACAAGGGAUGGGACUACUACAAAGUACCUGUGAUCGGAAAGAUGACAUCAGCCAACGUGAAGGCAGCCUGCGAGGCAGCCGGGUACGUGACACCUUGUUCAGGAGACAGCGAUUGCAUGCAUUCCUCGUCGGAGUGCGUCCUUACGGGGUUGGAAGACUGCUACAACCCGAUGAAUGAAGUAGCUCAAGAGAUGUGUGGUACUAGACCAUACGGCUGUGCAAAGCUGCAGGGCGUUUACCAGUACAUGAACACGUGGAGUAAAGGCGCCGCCUGUGGUGUAGAGUCAAAACUGUGGUGUACGAUUGGUUCUAAAUGGGAGGACCGGUACGCCUUCUGUGCAGACUGGAACGCUACAACCGCUACACCCCAAGCUACAACCGCUGCACCCCAGACUACAACCACUACAGCACCGGCUACAACUACCGCUAGAGAUUCAAGAAACUGCUGUGGUAAGAUUUUGCGACAGGCGACGGAAGUAGUUGACCAGUCCAGCGACUACAGAGUUCCAGAUGGCUGGACUAUGUGCUACAUCGACGAACGUGACACCGCACAUCACAAAACCCCGUGUCGGGACCUGCUCCAGGGUAUUCCCGGCUACGAAGAUGCGGAAGAACUGCUCGCAGCCGGGGGAAACUUCGGGUGCUGGCACGGUACCACGGGUAACUCUCACGGACCGGCUUUCGCAACGAAUAAUGUCAUUGAGAACAGCUGUAAAGAUGGUGUGCAACAGGAGACACGACUGAAAUCGUGGAACGUUCGAACAACAACACUUGGCGUCUGCAUCAAAGGCAUCACUUGUGAUGAAGCCCCAGAGACGACAGUUCCUCCUCCUAUACCUUCCAUACCUGAUGAAGUACUGAGUGAUGAUGAGGAUGAUGUUGGGUCUGGGGAGCCGGAUGACAAAAUCACCAGAAAGAAUCUAGCUCUUGGCAAAAGAACGAAGCAGUCGUCUCUCUGGGACGCGGGGUACUCGCAGAACGCGGUUGACGGUGACCGCAGCACUAACUGGUACAGUGGGUCCUGUACUCACACCGAGGUCACCCUUCGUGACAACGUCUGGGACAUCGGCACAACAGAUCCCUGGUGGUACGUGGAACUCGAAUCCUCGCAUCCAAUCGGAAAAGUCGUCAUCGUGAACCGAAGAUCACCGAAACACUCCGUAACCUCACGAAUUAAUCCGUUCGAGAUUCGUAUCGGGAAUUCGAAAGACGUGACGGCGAAUCCGAAGUGUGGAAGGCGACAUGUUUUCCCCGGGGAUGAAGACGUGAUGGAGGUAUCGUGCGGAGGGAUACAGGGAAGAUACGUCGGGAUACGCCUCCCCGGAGAGAACAGAAUCCUGACUCUGUGUGAGGUUGAAGUAUAUGCAGAUGAAAAUGCACUGCCAACAACUGUACCAUUUCCUAGUGAUGAUGAAGACGAUGUAGGUUCCGGUGAUUCAGUUGAUGAUGGACCUUGUACCAAACACUAUAAAUUUGAUGAUGCAUGGAGAGAUGUAAGCAAUGGUCGUGAUAAUAAGUGCGACAGGAGUGGUGACCUAAAGCAUGGUGAAUGGCAUCGCUUCUCGGGAAGUAGAGGCAGCAUGAUGAUACCCACGGAGCGCCCCCUAACGACUAAUCGCUGCGGUACACACGCGCCCGUUUGGAUGAAAGGAAAGCUUCCAACCGUAGAGGAGGGUGUUGUCACCCGAGCUGCGUGUGCGUUCUGGGGCGAGGAUGAAUGCAACUGGUCUUGGGACAUUGACGUCAUGGCAUGCCCUGGUGGUUACUUCGUCUACAAGUUACCAAAACCUCCAGUUUGUCAUCUUGCUUACUGCACAACAUAUGAUACUCCACAGCCUUCGCCAACAAUGAUUCCGGCCAUAUCUGACGGUUCGCUGAGUGAUGAUGAGGAUGAGGUUGGGUCAGGGGAGCCGGACGAUAAAGAUGUAAACCCACAAACAACAAUGCCAUCGACGACGACGAUUCCUACCCCAACUGAAGAUCCAUCCAGUGAUGCUAAUGAAGACGAUGCUGAUUCCCGGAGAGUUGAGGGUUCAGUU